AUGAAUUCAUAUAUUAUCUUUUUGACUUUUUAUUUGUUAUUAUCGAAAACUCAAACACAAUUUAAUCUGUAUUAUACACAUUAUGCAAAUGACACUAAUUGGUACUACGAUUGCUUGUAUUAUAAAGCGCUAGAUCCUAUAGUGAAGCUAAACGUAAAAACAGAUUAUCGAAUUCCAUAUCAAAUUAUUCAAUAUUGUAUUCGUCCAACUGAAAGUCAAAACAAGGAUCAUAAAACACUGAUAAACGGAAGUAUUUUGUCAGUAUUUACAUUCGGAGAAUUGAGCAAGCAAAAUAUCAGUACUUCAGAUUUAUUGUCAUGGUCAGCGCCAGUUGAUUUGAUCGAACGAUAUGAACAGUAUAUAGCAACGUUAAAUUCAUCUUUGGAAUCCGAAGAGUUUUACAAUUGUACAUCAUCAUGGUUUGGAUCUUUUUGUCAGUAUACAUUUAAUUUGGAUGCUACUUUUGACAAUAUUGUAAAACAAACUUUUGAAGCAAAAUAUACAAAAGAUUGUGAUUUACGUCUUAUAUUACCUAGGAUUACUAAUAUGACCUGUUAUGAACAUUUGAAAUGUAAUCGAGGACCAACACCUAUGUGCCUCGACUGGCAUGAAAUAUGUGAUGGACAAAUUCAUUGUAUAGGAUCUGGAGUUGAUGAAACCAAUUGUUUUGAACUUGAAAAAAAUGAAUGCGAAAACGAUCAGUAUAGAUGUCACAAUGGAAUGUGUAUACCGGAACAGUUUUUAAAUGAUGAUCCGGUCUAUCCAGAUUGUCUGGAUGUUUCAGAUGAACACUUUUACAGUAAAGCAGUUGAUCAAUGUAAGGAUUUGCACGAGUGCCUGGUGGAUCCGACAUUUCGAUGCGAAGAUGUUAAUUACCCUAUCGAUUUUUUGCUUACACAACGUCGUUCUAGGCCAUCUAAACAACAUGGAUUUAACACUCAGAACAAAGAGGAGUUUCUGGCAAUGCUUCACACGUUUGACAAUCGACGUCAUAUUACUUUCGAUCACUCAAUACUAUUGAACCAAGAACAUACCAACUUAACGUAUGAAUGUUGGCUCUUAAUGAGCUGUUUAACAUUUGGAAGAUUCACUGAUAUGUGUGAUACAGUAUGUAGUACGCGAUUUUGUUAUUUAAGAAUUCAAAGUAGGUGUAACACUACAGCUUACGUCAUUUUUCCAACAAUGCCCGUUUUCCACGGUCAUGUACUAUUCGGAUAUUGGACAGAAACAAUAGUUCCUUACCAUAAUAUAAUAGAUCGACCAAUGAUAAAGCCAGAUUUUUUAUGUUAUGAUGUGCAACGUUGCCCAUUCUUUCCAUAUCAUUUUAAAAUUGAUAACUACACAUGUAUAGAUAACCGUACGAUUGAUCUUUCAGACUGGGAUUAUAUUAGAGGAUACUUUUAUCGGUGUUUGACUAUUGAUCAAAGUGGUAAUGAAACUCAUUGCAUUCAUUCCUCCUUAUUUCAUUGUCCUGGCACAUCAAAAUGCAUUUCAAAACAUCGAUUAGUUGAUGGAAUUAGUGAUUGCUUUGAAAAGACUGAUGAAACAUACAACGAUUCAUGUAAACUAAAUCACAAACAUCGUUUCCGUUGUUCAUCAGAGAACAAAUGUAUAUCACCUAUUCUCGUACAAGACCGUGUCGGCAAUUGUUAUGGCAAAGAAGACGAAACGGUGCCUAUGUACAACAAACUAUUUUAUGAAAACUUAUGUAACGGAUAUACCCAUAAUUUGCCGAUACUUGUCAAUGGACAAAACGAAACUGAUGAAACUAAUUGUGAACAAUGGCCAUGUAAUAAUCUAUAUACACGAUGUGAUGGUGCUUGGACUUGUUUAAAUGGAGCUGAUGAACUCAACUGCAAUCCAUUAUCGAAAUGCUAUCCCGAUUACCAUGAAUGUAUAUCUCCCACCACUUUUGACAUAAUAUGUUUACCACUUAAUCAAAGUAAUGAUGGAAAAAUGGAUUGUCUUGGUGGGACUGAUGAACGAGGGUAUUGCCGAAAUCUUUAUCCAGGGUUUUUUUUCAGUAAUUACCACUGUUGGAAUGAAACAAAAUGUCAUAUAAGCGAUUGCGCGGGUCCAAGGGCUUGUUUCUUCGAAAAAGAUACCGGUUUCGAGCAAGUAUGCAAUACAAAUCAAAGCAUCAAAGCCAUAGUGAAGAGUUUAGACAUAGACGGUCAUUUGAUAAGGCCUCCGACACAUCCAGCAGACUCAUAUAGUUUUCCCAGGUAUAAAUAUUUCACCUUGCACUCAUCGGAUUAUUUCCCAUUAAAACCGACACAUACAUCAUUAACACAGAUGGACAAGAUCUUUUAUCAAUCCGACGAACAUGUCUUAAAAAAAAACACACAGUUGUCAGUCAUACAAUAUGGAUCUGAAGUAUUAAAUAAAAUAAUAGACUUUCGUCGAGCUUGGAUUUGCAAUCGGGGUGUUCUAGUUUAUGUCGGUACAGAACUUGCUGAACAUUGUCUUUGUCCGCCAAGUUAUUAUGGUGAUCGAUGUCAAUUUCAAAGCCAACGAGUUAGUCUUACUGUCAAAUUUCGUAAAGAAUGUACACUCAAUUGUCAUGGAGUUUAUGGUAUUGUUUUAACUCUUAUCGAUCAGAAUCAUACUACGUAUUCAUACGAACAACUAACAUAUAUUCCAACGAAUAAUUGCACUAUGAAAUAUAAUUUAUACUUUCUAUAUGGACCACAUUCAAAAGAUAUGACAAAGAACUAUACAGUCGAUAUUCAUGCUUAUAAUAAGGCUGAUCUUACUUAUUAUACAAGUUGGACAUUGCCAGUUCAGUUUCCCUUUCUCCCAGUCAAUCGUAUGGCUGCUUUUCUAAUUAUUCCACCAUAUACGAUGGAUAUUUUUGAUAACUGUACACUUGAAUGUGGUAACCAUGGUCAUUGUGCUGUUUACACAAAUAACAAAAAACAAUUUUGUCGUUGUGAUCCAGGUUGGACAGGUCUACAAUGUACAAUUGAAAAUAUUAAUUGUGAUUGUUCAUCAGAUUCACUUUGUAUUGGCAUUGUAAACGAUCGAUCGAUUUGCUUGUGUCCACUUCAUAAAACUGGUCCUCGAUGUUACGUUCGCCCUAUGUGCCAGCACGAUUCAUGUAAAAAUGGCGGUCAGUGUAUAUCAAAAGAGGAUCCAGAGUCGUUAAGUGCUUUGAAAUGCAUGUGUGCACCAGGCUUUCGUGGAACGACAUGUGAAUUUAAAGAUGCCCAGAUUGAAUUAUCAUUUCAUGAUGUUGAAAUCCCUCAAUCUGUAUUGCUUUAUUUGAUUGCCGUUCAAGUAGACAAUGAUCCCGUGAUUAUUAUGAGUUCAAAGAAGAUUCGUCUUGAUCAGUAUAAAACAAUACUGUUUACAGCAUUGUUGUCCAAUCUCAUUUUUGCUCGAAUUCAUGAUGAAUAUUACCUUUUAUAUAAAGAAGUAAAGGCCAAAUAUUCACCUUUUCUCGCUAUUGAAAUAAAAUCUUCUCAACAAUGCUUGCCAAUUGAUACAUUCCUAGACAAACGUACAGUUGCCUUUCCGUUAUUGCGUCGAGCUAAAUACUAUCAUGUUAUUUGCAAGAAUCAUCGUCAAUUAACUUGUUUAUAUGAUAAAGAAGCGUUUCUGUGUUUAUGUAACAAUGAUCGAUUUGCUAACUGUUUUUAUUUUAAUUUUACCGAAGAAUUGAGCUGCCAAGGACAGAAUCAUUGCGAGAACGAUGGUAAAUGCUUUCAAGACGAUCCAUACUGUCCGACGAGCACUAUGUGUGCAUGCAAUGAAUGUUAUUUUGGUGGACAAUGUCAAUUUACAACAAAAGGAUCUGUUCUUUCGCUUGAUACUAUUCUUGGGUAUCAAAUUCGUCAACACCUUUCGGUUUCUCAUCAGUCUACUCCAGUCAAAGUGAGUAUUGGUAUUACAUCAUUAAUGCUGUUCAUAGGUCUUGUUAGUGGUAUAUUGUCGGCGAUGACGUUCAGUUCAAAAAACGUUCGAGAAGUUGGUUGUGGAUUAUAUCUUUUUGCUUCAUCUAUUCUUUCAAUUAUCACCACUAUUAUUUUGACUGUUAAAAUUUGGUUACUGAUUAUUACUCAAUCUCUAUGGGUUACAAAUCAUAUCAUUCUUUUGAUCAAUUGUAAUUCAAUAGAAUUUAUACUUCGAUGUUUACCAGCUAUUGGAGAUUGGUUGACUGCAUGCGUAGCUAUUGAAAGAACGUUUGUGAUAAUAAACGGUGUAAAUUUCAAUAAAAAGAGAAGCAAAGAAAUUGCUCCGUGGAUUAUUGUCGGAGUAAUCAUCUUUUGUUUUGCUAGUGGUAUUCAAGAUCCAAUACAUCGAAAAUUAAUACAUGACAAAGAAGAAGAGAGAACAUGGUGUAUUGCACGAUAUUCAUUGAAACUGCAAAUUUAUGAUUCUACUAUACAUCUUGUUCAUUUUAUUAUUCCAUUUUCUAUUAAUCUUAUCUCAGCGAUUCUAAUCAUUAUAUUAGAAGCUCGAACACACUCGAAUGCUCGUAAAAAGCAACCGUAUAAACAAUAUUUACGAGAGCAGUUUCGAGAGCAUAAACAUCUUAUUAUUAGUCCAUGUGCACUUGUUAUUAUCGGUGUACCUCGUCUUAUAAUCUCAUUUCUAUCUGGAUGCAUGAAGUCUCUUCGUAAUCCUUGGCUAUUUCUCUUUGGAUAUUUUAUUUCAUUUUUACCAACAUUAUUAAUUCCUCUCCUUUAUUUACUUCCUUCAAAGACUUAUACGAAAGAAUUGCAAAUUGUUGUUCGACGGUGUCUACAUCGAAAUUAA